UAGGCUGAACAAUAGCAUUGGCCCUAGAACAAAUAGUUCUGGCCGUGAAUAAAUUUAGGUGAAGCAAGAAGGUUUCUAAAAAGUAAAGCAGUGAGCUUUUGAUAAAGCACCCGAUAAGAAGGGGCCAGGAAAAAAACCAACAUCUUUUCAGAUAGAGCUGCUUUACUUUACACUAGGGGUUUUGCAGCACAGCUGGUUGUGGACGAAGAGGACUGGUGUUUCCAUGUUGCUCUCCAGCAUUCUCAUUGACCUGAGCUCCGCUUGUGAGGUUGCUCUUCACCUUGAGAAAUCCUGGGUGUUCCCUUCUACCUCCUCACCCAUGUGUUUCUUUUCCAAGCUGACAGUCUUUGACAUCUCUGUCUUUCCCUAUGGCCCUUUUCUAGGUUUAUUCCCUUUUUUUUGCAGUGGAGUGAGCAGAACUGCAGUGUGCUGUUCGAUCUGUGGAUUUAUACAGUGGAUGUCCAGAGGAGACAUGGCCAAACCCCUCCUGGGCCAUCGGAGCAUGGAGGGUGGCCCCAGCAUCACGCCUGCGGCCAGCCGCACCAUCGGGGUGCUGGGGAGCGGGGACUUCGCGCGGUCGUUGGCCAUCCGCCUGGUGUGCUCCGGGUUCAAGGUGGUGGUCGGCAGCCGCAACCCGAAGCGAAAAGCCGGCCUCUUCCCUUCCGCAGCAGAAGUCACCUUCCAGGCUGAGGCAGUGAAGAAGACAGAUGUCAUCUUUGUGGCGGUUUUCAGGGAACAUUACUCCACCCUCUGUGACCUGGCUGAUGUGCUGGUGGGCAAGAUCCUGGUGGAUGUUAGUAACAACACCGAGAUCAACCAUCACAAAGAAUCCAACGCCGAGUACUUGGCUUCCCUCUUCCCAGCCUGCACCGUGGUCAAGGGUUUUAACGUGGUUUCUGCGUGGACGCUGCAGUCAGGUGCCAGGGAUGGAAAUAAGCAGGUUCUGAUUUGCUCAAAUAACCAAGAAGCCAAGCGCACCGUAGCAGAAAUUGCUCAAGUCAUGGGAUUCACUCCUGUGGACAUGGGCUGCAUGUCGUCAGCCCGUGAGAUCGAGAACAUUCCCCUGCGCCUCUUGCCAGCCUGGAAAAUCCCCAUCUUUUUGGCUCUGGGGCUCUUUCUUUGCUUCUUCACUUACAACCUGAUCCGGCAGGUCAUCCACCCUUACAUCAGGGAGCACAAGAACAAGUUUUACAAGAUCCCCAUCGAGGUGGUCAACACGACGCUGCCUUGCGUGGCCUACGUCAUGCUGUCUCUCGUCUACCUGCCCGGGGUGCUGGCAGCCUGCUCACAGCUCUACUAUGGCACCAAAUACAGGCGCUUUCCAGAUUGGCUCGACCAGUGGCUCCAGCACCGAAAGCAGAUUGGUCUCCUCAGCUUCUUCUGUGCGGCUUUGCAUGCCAUGUACAGCCUCUGUCUGCCCAUGCGCCGCUCCCACCGCUACCAGUUAAUCGAGACGGCCGUCAAGCAGGCUGUGGAGAAGAAGAUGAAUAUCUGGGUAGAGGAGGAAGUCUGGAGGAUGGAGAUUUAUAUCUCUGUUGGAAUAAUUGCCCUGGGCUUGCUGUCGUUACUUGCCAUCACUUCACUUCCAUCCAUCGCAAACUCUCUCAACUGGAGGGAAUUCAGUUUCAUUCAGUCCACCCUUGGAUUUAUUGCCUUGGUAAUCAGCACUCUGCACACACUCACGUAUGGAUGGUCAAGGGCCUUCGAUGAGAACCAGUACAAGUUCUACCUGCCUCCGACCUACACCCUCACGCUGCUCGUCCCAUGUACUGUGAUCCUAGCAAAAGUCAUCUUCAGUUUGCCCUGCAUCCAGCAAAGACUUCUCCGAAUCAGGAGGGGCUGGGAGAAGGGAAGAUACGUGAAGUUUGUCCUGCCCAGCGCAACGGGGGAAUAUUCAAGUGGGGAGACCUCUAGCAACGUCUAACAGAGCCCCGGCUGUGACAGAGGAUUUCAAAGCACUAUCAACAUUUCUAUAAAGGUGUUUCUUUUCCUUAAAUAUAUGUAUGUUUUGGUAUAAUUGUAUUGUGGGUAAAUAAUGAAAUUUGGUGACUUUAGAAAAUGGAUGACCACGAAACUAGUUUAGACAGUAGUAGUUAAAUUGUAUUGCUGAUUUGCUAGGACAAUUAUUGCCUUAAAAAUGACUGUGAAAGCUGAGCUAGCAGCACUAAUAUACAUGGGAAACUGAUGGACUCUGUUAGUCAGCUCAGUCACUUGAGGUGCUGGCUGGCAGGCUCCCUGGACCAGUACUUCUCGGUUGCUUCCCUAGCUGCUCUCAUAAAUUUCAAUGCCUUUUUUUUUUUUUUUAAUACGAAGUAGCACAGAUUUUCUGGGGUUUAUGACAGCAAAGAUAUCCUGCCUCUUGAGUGUCUGGAUCAAUCAAGGCAGUGAGGUUUAGAAAGAUGAAUUAUCACUGGUUUUGGUCUCCUCAGUGAACUCCAUGGACAAGUAAGAACAGCAAUAUCCACGUCAUGUAGCAUCUGCAGAUUUUACUAAAAGCAUCCAAACCUAACAGCAAGUCCAAGUAUCCCUGUUCUCUCAAAUACAGACAGCACUUCUGGUCUGGUAAGCUGUGCCUGGUGCAUGUUUAUAAGCUAUGGAAAUAAAGCACCUUUUCCAGCAGUGUAAAAGCAUUUGAAGAGAUAGAUGUCCCUAACAACACACAUCUGGUCUCCACCGCUGGCUCUGAGAUGACCACUGCUGCUGCUGCAUGUUCUCUGUUUUACUAAGCCAAAGUUUCAAGCAAUAUUUGAUGGAAAUAGAGCAAAGAUAAUUAUUGGAAAGACCUGCUGCUUCACAAAAUUACAUGGAGAAAACCAAGGCCUUCCAGCUGGCCUUACAUCAAAUAGGGUGAAGCUUUUAGAAAUCACUGUCACCUAAACAUGCCCAUUUAUGCAGGCAAAACAGCAGCAGCUUCAAAUGGUCUUGCAAAGUGAUCAGUGAGUCUUGACCACAACAUGAAAAUACAGCAAUUGUACGUUUUGAGCACAGUCCUUCAUUGCUUUGCAACUUAAAAAGUCACUUGCUAGAUCACAAAGCAGGUACCAAAUGCUCUUCUGACUUCACACCCGCUUUGGACAAGGUACAGGGCAAUGAAGAUUUCUGUCCUAAUUUCAUUUUCCACCUGUCACUUUCUAUCCCUUCAAGCUCUUUCUCUUUAUCAGAAUAAUUCUUUAGGUUUUGGACAUCCAAAUCACCAAACAGAGAAUGGACAGCCAUUCACAAAAGUUCAUUUAAAAGCAAGCAAUCAGGAUGACACAAGAAGACUACCUCAGUAACAUCAGAUACAAGGACAUGGCUAGAAUAGCCUCAUUUUCCUACAGUUAAGACACCACUCAGUGUUCAGUGUUGCUUUGAAAAACAGCUGUCAGCAUCAAAUGAGGUACGGUUUGUGGGACAAGAAAGUACUUGUUACUAGACCAGUUAAUAUAAAUGGGGGGCGGAAAUUAUAAACUUUGGGGCGCAUAAGCCCUUCUAUAAGCCAACAUUGCUUCUGCAACCUGGAUGUUUUCUACACAGAGAAACUUAACAAUUCCCUGUUUAGCCUCAAAUCACUACAAUGAAUAAUAUUCUCCAAAUAUUAUUGCUCACGGUGCCAGUGAUGAUAUUGAGGGAUUUCAGUUCUUGCCUAAGGCUUACAGUAAAGUCUCCAAACGCCACUUCUUUUCACUGAAUGGAAAGAAAUCAGCAUGAGGGAAAUGCCUAGAUUUCAUAACCAGCUGAUUUUUUUUGUUUUGUGGGUUUUUUGGCAACACAGGGAAGGUACCAUUCUUUCCCACUGUCCGCUUCAGAAAGCUGUGGUUAUUCACGUUUCCCAAUGCACCUCCACAACCUAGCCCAAAUCAGCACCUGAUCAAAUCUCUCACCAAGCAGAUUGAUUACCCAGCACUAUUUAGUUGUGGUUGAAUAGUAGGUCAAGUUUCCACAUGGAUUUGAGACAGUUUCACCUGAGUAUAAUUCCACCUACUCCAGUUUAACUCAUCCUUGAGGGAAAACUGGAUUCAGCAAGCUUGUUCUUUCAGUCUUCUCUUCCAUUUCUUUAUCAAGCAAAGUCAACAUAAAAGCACCACUUUACACAUUUUCUGGUUACAAUAGCGUACUCCAAUGCCUCUUUUUCCCACCUAAGCUUCUUUUCAUAUCUUUAGGUCAGGCAAGACUACUGCCUAGUAACAAAAGAAAAAAAUAGGAUUAAGCGGCAGGGAAAGAACAUUACACAGGCUUGCAGGCUUUGUCUUCAAGGGGAAAGGUGUGGUUUUAUUGUGAGUUGCUGCAAGGUUAAAGACUCACCUUUCUGCCCAGCAGAAGUAAGGUUUGCACCUUUGCUUUGUUUACAUGACUUUCAUGCCCACACACCCUUUCCCAUCGACGGCAAAGGGACAGGUUUCAUGAGCAGAAGCAGAGUCAGGCACCCAGACCUACCUGAGGAGCUGGCUCCAUUAGUGAGUCAGCAUGGAACUUUUCAUAUGGACACAAGCCCAGAAGGACAGACAAGCCAGCUCAAAAUCCCCACAGCUACUGCAGCUCCACAGCAUCUAAAAAAAGGCUAGGCAAGUGUCUCCAGCUAUCACCUGUGCCAACAUACUGUCCAGCCAGUCACCAUCCCUUUUAAAGACUGAAACCAAUUCCUAUAAAUGCAGAACAGCAUUUCAGAUGGUCCCUUCUGUAGGCAUCUGGUCCUUAAAACCUUUGACACAAGAGUCCGAGUAAUUUCUUCUGAUUCUGGAAUGCUGAAAAGUAGUUUGAGGAAUGUUUCAAUUAUCUUUUCCCUACGCAUUUUUUUAUGUGGAUAGGGGGUUCAGUGAGGUUAGCUUAAAAUUUACCAAUUAACUGGUGUUGUACUUGGAGUUUCUCUCUCUCUCUCUGUAUAUAUGUACACACACAUAUAUAUAUUAUUGCAGAAUAUAUAGCUGGAAUGUAAAUUCUUUAUAUUUUUAUUUUCUGCAUUGCCUACUAUGUGCCUCUGGGAUAUGUAAGAACCAACUGAAAAGCUGUAAGUGUAAGGCCAGUUUUAAUCACUGGCAUCUGUACUUAUAUAAAAUAUAUUCUGAACAGGUCUAUAUAAUUAUA